AUGAGUCCUCCCCCUUGCGCGAACAACAACUGCCCGUGCAAGGGCAACGGCAUCAUUGCCCGGUACAAAACCACCUGCCAAGAAUGCUGGAGACCGAUCUCCCCAGGGCAAUGUAUCAUCCCAAAUCCUGGAGCCGGGUCGGGCUGGUGCCACGGGGAGUGCCCGGACAAGCUCCGAGGUGUCCUCGUCGAGGUAGAGCCUGUAAUCGACCCGGGGCUUUCGAAUGCAGGCGGCCAUGCCCCUGAGCCUCUGUCAGAAACUUCGAAACCGCAGAAGUGCCUGACAGAGGAGCAGCUGAAGGUCCUAGACUUCCAGCCGAAUCCUGGCCAGAUUCUUCGGAUCGAGGCAGUCGCUGGUGCUGGCAAAACGACAACGAGUGUCAAGUUGGCUGACCGGUUGCUGCAGGCCAGGAGUGACGUACGAAUCCUGUACGUCGUAUUUAAUGAGAAGGCCAAGCAAGAGGCUUCGGCAAGAUUCCACAAGCGAGUGUUGGUCAGCACUUCCCAUGCACUCGCCAAGAAGCGGGCGUGGCUCCUUGACCAGGUCGAGGGAAGCCACCCAAGGCUCGACAUCGUCGCAGAACGACUUGGGCUUGUCCAACUGGCAGAAGCAGAAGUCGACCGCGGCAGAGACGUCGAUGCUAAACGUGCUAGAAAGUCUGCGGAGCCUGCGGCGGAGAGUUCGUUGCGGCAGAAACCGCGAGAAAAGCGGAUUCAACAGUUCAGCAGAAGGCAAGCCAAGUUUGUCUUAAAAACCUUGGACAAGUUCUUGAGCUCUGACUCGCCGCAAGUCGAGGAAAGCCAUGUUUUCUACAAGGCGCUGGAGAAGAAAACCUUCCUGCCAAAGCUUUACGUGGAGAAGGCUCAACAGGCCUUCGAACUCAUGUGCAAUCCAGUGGACUCAUGGCCACAGACUCAUGAUGGUUACCUCAAGCUGUUCCAACUUCACAAUCAUAAUUUGGGGCCAAGUGCACCUCCACCAAACUGCUGUGACAGCGAGAUGCUUCGCAGAGAAGGUCGUUUCGGGCGCUUCUACCAAUGCUUGACAUGCGAGAAGACACGCAACGCCAGUGACGUGGAAGGCUUCGAUGUCAUUAUCAUCGACGAGGCACAGGAUUUCACGCCAUGCCAAGCUGAUGUCUUCUUCAGGCAAGCGCAGAAUGGUGCGAUUGUGUAUCUCGUUGGCGACCCACGUCAGCGGAUGUACAGGUGGCGUGGUGCGCGGGAUAGCUUCGAGGUGCAAGAUGUAGGGCAGUGCCAGUUCUUCCUGACCGAGUCCUUCCGCUUUGGGCCUGAGGUCGCUGAGUGCGCCAAUGCUGUGCUAACCCUCGCGGCUGGUGGGCGCGCCCCAAAGGUGUCAGGACGGGGCCCCGCUGGCAAGGUUCUGAAGCCCGGUCAGCCCUUGCCCCCCGCUGGUCUCGGGGGACGCGCUGCUCCCGUCGCCGUUGUCAUCACGAGGACGAACAAAGGCGUGUUUCAAGAGCUGAUCAAGAGGCUUCGCUCUGCUGGCGACUCGGGCUUGAGCUGGGCGACCGUGGACAACAAGGCUCCGUCCUACAUGUUCCAAGACCGCGCUUUCAGACCUUACCUCAAGCUGAGAAACGGGGAGAAAGUCACGAUGAAGGGAGAGGAGAUUGAGACGUGGGAGGAGCUGGAAGACCUCAUCGACGACGAUGGUGAUACUGAGAUGAGAACCCUUGCAGAUCUUGUGGAGGAAUUUGAAGGCAACAUCCCGGCCCUGCUGGAGAAGCUGGGAACGCCAAAGGAAGACUGGCGGGAAGCUGAUGUGGCUUUCAUCACGGCGCACAAGGCAAAAGGCUUGGAGUUCGACUAUGUGGAGCUGGCGUCCGACUUCACGAUGCCUUAUGGAGAGGAUGAAAAGCUCCUUCCCUACGAAAGGAUCCAAAAGCCGUAUUUUCAGGAGGAGCUCAACAUCCUGUAUGUGGCCAUCACCCGUGCCAAACGAUACCUCCGGCUUUCCCCGGAAGUGGCGAAGCUCCUGGCAGAUCUUGGUGCCACACCAAGUGAAAAGCUGCACGCACCGCAGGGACGCGCCGACUAUCUGGACGAGACUCGUGUUGGAGACGCGGCGAGGUGGAAGCUAUUCGAGAAAGAGGUUCGCCAAAGCCAGAGCUUCGACAUUACCGUAGAGACCGUGCCAUUCCCACGUGGCCCGGAGCAUAAUAUCCUGGCGUUGCCCGAUUCCCUGACCAUGGAAGAGGCUCAAAGGCUUGUGUCCGAGGCCCUGUUGCGCUGGCAUCCAGAUAAGUUCCUAUCUCAGCUGGGGCGGACUGGGCUCGCCUCCGGAAGUCUUCGAGAGAAGCUAAAUGCCGUGACGCGGGAGCUCCUGAACAUGAGGCGGAGCUAUUCCCUCGGAGGUGCUGCUGGGAACUCGGCCGAAUAUUGCAUCGUAUGCUUCGAUGAGACGGCACAGCUCUUGAAGACGUUCUGCCGUCAAAAGCGCAUCGUGUGCCGCGACUGCUACACGCAGCUCAGCUUUGCCGAAGAUGCUAAUCUUCGACGCUGCCCGCAGUGCCGAAAAGAUGACUUCUCGGCUGAAGUCCCGAGCCGUCAUUGCAUCCGGGAUGUCGCCCGUCCCAGCACCAGCAGACGUGAGAGAUCACGCUCAAGGCGGCGGGGCUAA